UGACUCGGACUCCCGACUAUGAUUCAACCUGCAAUUAGAGUGGCAUAUUCCCGAGUCGGCAGUCAGGGUCCGCCGGUGCUUUGCUGUGAUUGCUUGAAUCCUAGUCGGGAGUCCGAGUCAGUAGUCGAGUCAAGUCGGGAGUCUGUAGUCUGAUACGGGCUUUACGCAUGUAGAUGCGCGACGUCGAUUACAACGCGAGUCGUACUCGAGAAUCGGUCGACUCAGGGCCAGAGUACCAUGUCAUGGAAGUGUUCGGAAUUGAUUCCGAUCUAAAUUAUUUCCAAGAUUUCUAUGGUGUUUUCUAGGGGAAGCGGAACCAUUCCGAUUGGAAUCUAUUCCGAAAAAUUCCAUAAUACGUGGCCAGGGUACCAUGUCAUGGAAGUGUUCGGUAUUGAUUCCGAUCUAAAUUAUUCAAUUAUUUCCUAGAUUUCUACGGUGUUUUCUAGGGGAAACAGAGCAGCUCCGAUCGAAAUCCAUUCCGAAUUUCGUUUUCAUUUUCAUUAAAAAAACAUUUUCACGACAGGUACCUGAGCAGAAAGAUUGUCGUAAAAGUUUACGAUUCCAUACGACGCAAGUUAAUGUCGGAAGUCAACGUAUGACGCUCGCGAUCAUCUUUCUGCUCUCAAGUGUCACUCCUCCCGAGAUCUCGAUACUCUUGAUCGCGCGCGACCGAUCGGCGCCGAGCGGCGACGCGGGCGCUAUUGCGAGCCAGUUCGUAGGACCUCUAUUAUGCGCCGUCUCUCCUUAUCGCGCGCGAUCUUCCCGGUCUGACACACACGCCCGUGGCGCGCGUAUGGCGUGCCAUUGUGCCGGCGGGCAGGAGUAACGCUCGUGUCACUCCGCGCGUAACGCGAGCGUUCGCCUCCGCGACUCGAGUGGAGCUAGGAUGGACGUGCCGCGAUGGAUAUAGGCGGCCAGUCAGCGUAGUAGACGACUGCAGGUCGUCCAGAUCGGCCGGCACGCUCGCGAUCAUCCCCGAGUAAGAGAAAUCGGCCGCGAUGGCCACGACGGCGUCAACGGAGAAGAUGAACCUGGACAAGGAUUCUGAUCUGCCGAAGAAGAAGCUCAUCAACACGAACCUGAUAUCGCUCAAGUUUCUUCUGUUCAUCUUUUUCGGAGGUAUCGGCUGUCUCUUCCCGUUUCUUCCGCUGCACAUGGAGAAGGCGGGACUGAGCAUCGAGAACGUCAGGUUCGUGUCGAUGAUCUCGCCGGCGAUAGCGAUACUAGGGCCGCUAAUAGCAGGACCGAUCGCCGACAAGCUCGCCGCCCGCCAGAGCAAAAAUGACAAAUCGUCGACCGGUCGCUACCUCCGCGUGAUGAUCGCCGUCGCCUGCAUCUUCUCGGCGUUCUUCUACGCGCUGCUGAUGCUGGUGCCCACGGUGGACUGCUCGCUACCGUCCGGGAAGGGUCCGGAUCUUAAAUUCAACUGCGAUCGGCACGGAGCGAUUGUGCGGCAAGAGAGAUGUGAGAACCGUUUCGGCUGCCAUCGCUGGGUCGACGAUGACAGCGGUGUGGGUGCUAUGCUGCUGAAAAAUUGCGUCUACGCCUGCUACCCGAUCGGCUGGCGACGGUGGCACCCGGAGCUGACCGCGCGCACGACGACGUUCCGGAAUAACGCCGACGUUGAGGCAGACCUCUUCGACGGCAGUGGCGAGACCACCGUGGCGCCAUUGGACAGUGAACUCUACGCGCAGGAGACUCGUGACGAGACGAAAAAAGCCCGUCGUUACGUCAUGAUAGAGAACGAGCCGCCGCAUCUGUGCUUCAAGGACGAGAACGACAACGUUGUCUGUCACGUUUACACAGAGUACUCGGGCACGCUACCAGUGAACGGUAGCCUCGGUCAGGCAUUGAAUCCCGAAAACGAGGACGAAUGGUGCGCGUAUCCCGUGGCCGAGUAUUUCGCCUGUCGCAUACCGUCCGAGCUGGAAGUUAAGAUGGUCCCGUUCAAUAAGACUUGCUCCAUAGAAUGCGACCUGGUCAAUCCGUACACCCUCCCGGGCGGCGUGCUGGUGGAAAGCCAAUGCCAGCGUACCGGAGAUUGGACGGAAGCGGCGUUCUGGAUGUAUUUGUUCGUGCGCUCGGUCGCGGAUAUUUUCCCGACGACCGCCGUCGCCCUGAUCGACGCGGCGGUGGUGAUCGCGACCAGGGAGACGUCGUGCGGUCGCGGCGACGUGGGACGCCAGUUGGCCUUCGGCUCCCUUGGUUUCGCCCUGCUGGGACCGCUGACUGGCUAUCUGAGCGUUCUGACGAGCGGCAUCGGGCCGGCUUACUGGCUGCCGCUCGUCCUGCACGCAGCGUUAAUGAUCCUCGCGGCUAUCGUCGCUCUGUCGGCGGACGGCAUGCCGCUCAGUCCGCCGGAAUGGUGGUGGCACACGAGAAGCGGCAUGCUGGCCCUGCCGAUGAGCGCCGUCAAGAGAUACGGCAGCGAGACCGCCGCUCUAUUCUUCGUCCUGCUAGUCAUGGGGACCUUUUGGGGCGCGAUGGACAGCUACCUACCUUUGCAUCUGCUAUUGCUGGGGGGCGAUGAACUUUCCAUCGGUGUCGCUAUGACGGUCGGAGCGGUACCUGCGUUCCUGUUCCUCUGGAAAUCCGAGCAUCUUGUAGAUUACUGCGGACACAGUAACCUUCUCAUCACUGCCUUCACGGUGUACAUAAUCAGGUACACCGUACUGAGUUUCGUAUCUGAGCCUUGGUGGUCCCUAAUCUCUGAAGCUUUAGAAGUAUUCACCCUAGGAAUAAUGUGGGUUACUGCCAUUCUCUACCUGAGACACUUGGUACCGCGUCAUUUGACUGUGACUGCCCAAGCGCUGCCUGUGAUAGCUCACUUUUGCGUCGGUCGGUGUCUCGGAGCCGUAAUCGGCGCUUAUAUCAAUUUCGGCGACAAGGACAUAGUGGAGUCGCUGAGAUUCGUGUUUCGUUGUAUGGCGGUAGCGGCGGCCAUCGUUGCCGGCCUGUAUUUCGUCUUGUAUCAUGGUCUACUGAAGCCGAGAUGUCAUGCACAUACCAUCCAGGGUCCACGUCAACCACCCACAAUCGUGCAAGCUGCCAUAAGAGAUUACGAACUGACGAUGAACGGAAAUGGAAAUUACACGCCGCUGAGAGUGUACCAUAAUGGAAUGGGCAAAAAGGGUCAAUUUCGAUACUGAGAUGUUACAUGCAAACGAAUGAAGAGUUCCAGGAACAACACUGCAACAAUGAUUCUACAAUGCAACGUUUAAGUGUCAUCAGCGACGAAGUGCCGACGAUGUGUGCUCUCGUAUUUUACGUUGCAUCGCAUUUAUCGUUAAUUUGUUAAUUUAAGUUGACUCGAUAUUAUCGUUUCUGUUUCUUAACAUUAUUAUUUAAAUGAACCAUUAUCACAAAGACUACUACUUGCUCAAGCACGUUCUACGAGCUAUAUCAUCAGUUUCUAUAUUUGUAACAUAAAAGUGUACCAACGACAGUGAGCAACAUAAUGCGAAUCUUUCGUGCAUCGCGGUAAUAAAGAGAGAGAUAAGAAAACCUUUUUUAUGUACAAAACGUCCACGAAAAGUUACAAAUGUCUAAUAUUUAAUUUUAUAUAUAAAAUUUAUUUAUUUUUUUUUAAAUACAAUUGCUACGUUCGUAAAACUCUUGAGAUAUGUACAAUUAAAAAAUGGACAGUUUCCUUUGAUAAAACCAUUAACAGCGAGACUUACAUGCGUCUUCACAUGUAAUAUAAAUCGAAUAAGUAUCAAUAAAAGUAAAAUGUCUGUUUGACUGGACAAAUGUUACGUUUCUGUGAAUUGAUAUAUAUGUAUACAAGAAAAAUGAAAUAAAAAUACGUUGGAGAGAAACGUUA